AUGCAGAGGAGCAUGGUCGUCUUAGCUGUAGCUCUCUUGACUUCAGCAACUUUUCUCUUGUGUGCCGGAACUUCAGAGGUAUUACUCGAUUCAACCGAUCAUCAUUGGGACACCCAAGAUUGUGAAACAGAGAAACAUUCUGAAAUAUUUUCGCGCCACAAAAGGAAUAUCUUAGUAGCAUACUUCGAUAAAUGGUAUCAACCAGACGUUCAAGAUAGCGGGGACUACUGUAAAGCCUUAUUUCUAGAUGGCGUGGAAGAACGUCUCUAUAAAUCGGACGCUGGAAAGAUUAUUCCUACAGCAGAAACGCCUCGUCUUGAUUUGGUGCAAAGUGAAUCACGGCACUCAGCAGUAUCGCGUAUCGAUCGUAGUCACGUCAGACCUGGAGUGUGGUUUGGACCACGUGUAGGACGACGCCUUCCAGAGCCUGAUACACCGUUUGGACCUCGUACUGGACGAAGCACUCCUGCUCCUGGUACGUGGUUUGGCCCCCGUGUUGGACGCAGCAAUCCUGAUUCUGGCACAUGGUUUGGCCCUCGUAUUGGACGCAGCAACCCUGAUCCUCGUACAUGGUUUGGUCCUCGUAUAGGACGCAGCAAUCCUGAUCCUGGCACAUGGUUGGGCCCUCGUAUUGGACGCAGCAAUCCUGAUGCUGGCACAUGGUUUGGCCCUCGUAUUGGACGCAGCAAUCCUGAUUCUGGCACAUGGUUUGGCCCUCGUAUUGGACGCAGCAACCCUGAUCCUCGUACAUGGUUUGGUCCUCGUAUUGGACGCAGCAACCCUGAUCCUCGUACAUGGUUUGGUCCUCGUAUAGGACGCAGCAAUCCUGAUGCUGGCACAUGGUUGGGCCCUCGUAUUGGACGCAGCAAUCCUGAUGCUGGCACAUGGUUUGGCCCUCGUAUUGGACGCAGCAGUCCUGUUCCUGGUACAUGCUUUGGACCACGAGUUGGACGUGCCGAUGGAGAACAAGGGUCGCCGUUCGGACCGCAAGUUGGUCACAGCCAUGCAGAACCAGGGAAAUUGGUUGGACCUCGUGUUGACCCUAGCCGUCAUGAACCAUGGAUGUAG